AUUCACACGAAUCUCCGCAUAAGAUCAAUGAUAUAGGACUAAGAUAUGCAAUACUUAUGGCACAUCUAGAUGUGUUUUAGCAAAACUGAUCCUUAUUUAUUCACGUCCAUCGAAAAAGCUAGCGUGAAAUAACAAGGAAAGAGAAGUUGCCGUCAUCCAGAGAUCCCAUUGAUCACGAAAUUGCGGCAAUCCCGCAAGGGUUUUUAUCUCGGUUAUCGAAUUGGCGAUGACCACCAUGGACUCCCUCAAGGACGACAACGUGGAGGAGAUCCUGCUCCGCCUCCCAUCGUGGGCCCCCCUCGGGCACGCCGUGCGCGCCUCUGGCCGCCUGCGCCGCGUCGCCUCCAACCCCGGCUUCCUCCGCUGCUUCCGCGCACGCCACGCCUCGUCGUCGCCCCACGGCUUCCUCGGCGUCUUCUCCCGCUGGCAACCCUCCGGCCUCCCCCUCUUCCACCUCGCGGGCCCAGCCCGGUCCGACCCCGGCCUCGUCGCCAUCGCGCACGCCGGCGACUUCCUGCUCGCCUGCCUCGAGGACGACCCGGCGUGGCGCCUCCACGACUGCCGCAACGGCCGCCUCCUCCUCUCCAGAGGCAGAGGAUCUCUCUCCGUCUACGACCCCAUCUCUCUCCGCCGCAUCGACAUAGACCGCCCGCACGACGACCCCUUUCCGGACGGCUACAUCGCCGACGCCAACUGCCUGGUCGACGACGGCGACGCUUCCUUCCGCGUGGUCUCCUUGCAGGUGGACGGUCGCCGCAGGCUGCGGGCCGUCGAGUACGACUCCAGAUCACACGGGUGGCGCUUCCAUCCUUGGGCGGCGGACACCGUCACGGCGCCCCCGGCGUACCAGACGAUGUACGCGGCCGGGCUCAUGUUCUGGAACCACGACGGGGACACCGCGGGGGCCUCGUCGCUCUUGCUCGACACCCGCACCAGGGACUUCUCCAUGCUCCCUCUCCCGGCAGCCAUUUCGGAGGCGCGCUCGAAUACCAGAGACCGACGACGGCAAGUGCUGCCUUGUGUGCGUCAAGGACCGCCGGCUGCAACUGUGGCUACUCAAGGAGAACCGUGGUGGUCGCAACCGCAAUAUUUGGGUGUUGGAGAAGGAAAAGCCAUGGAUGGAGCUGCUUGGCGGAUUCUGCCAGGUGCAGCACGUCGGGAAGGUGGUCGCCGGACUAGUCAUCGUUUGGGCAGGCACUGCCGGCGGGGAGUCGUUUCAUCAUUAUGCCAUUGAGAUAAAGAGCCUCAGCCUCAAGGCCAAGCUUUCUGUUGUUGGAGGUGGAACGGUGGUUCAUCCUUUUAUACUACCAUAUCCGCCUGCUGGGUUCUUGAGGCCUGCCACGCCACACGCGCCUCAGAUGGAUAUUUGCAAAGGUAUGCAUAUGUGUGAAUCCCAUUUUUCUGGUGUCUGGCUACUUACUAUCUAGAUCAGCUUGCUAGGAGAUAUAUGAGGACCCUAAUUCUUAGUUGCAAAAAUUAAUCAAAUCGUGCUUGCAAUAAUAUUUACUCCUUCGCCUCGUCCUAGAGGCGGCCGAGUAACAGUUUUCUUCGUGCAAAGGCCUCCUUGUGGCUGGCUGACGAUUCACGUGAAGCCCCCUUGUUGACGGCGGCGACCUCGCCGUGAAUUUGCUCGGCGACGGUAUCUACACCUGGGUGACACUUGCGUACCAAGCAACGAGAGGGGGUGGCGGAGAAGGCGACCCAGGCGGGGAGGGCGUGUGCUCAAUGUUGUAAGCUGCACGGUAUGCUCGUGGCCCCAGCGUACUUGCAGCCCCGCGCAGCAUGGUCGCUGCCAACUCCAGCGCCAUCCGGAGCAGCGCGCCCCCACACCGGGAAGCGGUGAGGCCGGGCUGCUGCGGAGGCCGCCCCAGUGGAGGAAGUCCUCGAGCGCGUCCUCGGUCUCGAAGGCGAUGUCGCAGGUCUUGCUAGAUCGAGUUUGGUAUGACGGUGGCCACGUCAUUGCAGUGUCCAUGUAGGAGUUGGAGUAGGAGGAAUGGAAGAGGCAACAACGGCGACGGCGGGGUCAUCAUCGUCGCCGCUCGCCACGGAGACGCAUAUCGCUGUUUACAAAAUGCAUAAGCUAAUUGUAAGUUUUACUCCACCAGAUAUAGGAGAUAGGCUAGACCUGGCUAAAAAAAAAAAAUGGUGUAAAAAUACUCCACUAAGCUUUACUCC